GGGGCGCUGCCUCCUCGGCCGCCGCCGCCGCCGCCGCCGCUGUGAGAGGCCCGCGGGCCGCCCGCCCGCCCGCCGCGCCGGCGCCAUGAAGAGGCAGAGCGAGCGAGACUCGAGCCCAGGCGGGCGCGGCUCGUCAUCAUCGGCCAAGCGACCGCGGGAGCGCGAACGGGAGGCAGAGGCGGGCGGGCGGCGGGCGGCGCACAAGGCCUCGGGCGGCACCAAGCACCCCGUUCCAACGCGGGCCCGCGAGAAACCCCGCGGUAGCGGGGGCGGCGGGGGUGGGCAUCGCGACGGCCGCGGCGCCGGGGACGCGAAUCAUCGUGCGAGCAGCGGCCGCGCCUCGGGUUCGGGCGCCGGCGGCGGGGGACGCGGCGGCAAGGCCUCGGGGGAUCCGGGCGCUUCAGGCGCUUCGCCCCGCGCGUCUCCGCUGCCGCCACCUCCCCCGCCGCCCGGGUCCGAGCCCGCGGGUCCCGGCUCUUCCGCGGCCGCACCCGAGUAUAAGACGCUGCUCAUCAGCAGCUUGAGUCCCGCGCUGCCCGCCGAGCAUCUCGAGGACCGGCUCUUCCACCAGUUCAAGCGCUUCGGCGAGAUCAGCCUGCGCUUGUCGCACACGCCUGAGCUGGGCCGCGUGGCCUACGUGAACUUCCGGCACCCACAGGACGCACGCGAGGCCCGACAGCACGCCCUGGCCCGCCAGCUGCUGCUCUACGACCGUCCGCUCAAGGUGGAACCCGUGUACCUGCGCGGCGGCGGCGGCGGCGGCGGGAGCAGCCGAAGAAGCAGCAGCAGUAGCGCCGCCGCCUCCACACCGCCCCCGGGGCCGCCCGCGCCGGCCGAUCCACUCGGCUACCUCCCGCUGCACGGCGGCUACCAGUACAAGCAGCGUUCGCUGUCACCGGUUGCUGCCCCGCCACUGCGAGAGCCCCGCGCCCGCCACGCCGCCGCAGCCUUUGCCCUGGAUGCUGCCGCCGCCGCCGCCGUAGGACUAUCCCGGGAGCGGGCCCUGGACUACUACGGGUUGUAUGACGACCGCGGACGCCCCUACGGCUACCCGGCCGUGUGCGAGGAGGACCUGAUGCCUGAGGACGACCAGCGGGCCACGCGAAACCUCUUCAUCGGUAACCUGGACCACAGCGUGUCAGAGGUGGAGCUGAGACGGGCUUUCGAAAAGUAUGGCAUCAUUGAGGAGGUGGUCAUCAAGAGACCCGCCCGUGGUCAGGGCGGUGCGUAUGCCUUUCUCAAGUUCCAGAACCUGGAUAUGGCCCAUAGAGCUAAGGUGGCCAUGUCAGGUCGGGUGAUCGGCCGCAACCCCAUUAAGAUAGGCUACGGCAAGGCGAACCCCACUACUCGCCUCUGGGUGGGUGGCCUGGGACCCAACACCUCACUGGCGGCUCUGGCCCGGGAGUUUGACCGCUUUGGGAGCAUACGGACCAUUGAUCACGUCAAAGGAGAUAGCUUUGCUUACAUCCAGUACGAGAGCUUGGACGCAGCGCAGGCCGCCUGUGCUAAAAUGAGGGGCUUUCCCUUGGGUGGUCCAGACCGCAGGCUGCGGGUGGAUUUUGCCAAAGCAGAGGAGACUCGGUAUCCCCAGCAGUACCAGCCCUCACCCCUCCCUGUGCAUUACGAACUUCUCCCUGAUGGAUAUACCCGUCAUCGAAACCUGGAUGCCGACCUGCGGGUGCGGGAUAGGACCCCCCCACACCUCCUGUACUCGGACCGAGACCGGACCUUCUUGGAAGGGGACUGGACCAGCCCCAGUAAAAGUUCUGACCGCCGGAACAGCCUGGAAGGGUACAGCCGCUCAGUGCGCAGCCGGAGUGGCGAACGCUGGGGAGGAGAUGGUGACCGGGGCCUGCCCAAGCCCUGGGAGGAGAGGCGGAAACGGAGAAGCCUUUCCAGUGAUCGAGGGAGGACCACCCACUCCCCUUAUGAGGAACGGAGCAGGACCAAGGGUGGUGGGCAGCAGGCUGACCGAGGCUCUGACCGUACCCCUGAGCGCAGCCGCAAGGAAAAUCACUCCAGUGAAGGGACCAAGGAAUUGAGCGGCAACUCCCUCAGCAACAGCAGACAUGGGGCUGAGGAGCGGAGCCACCACCACCACCAUGAGGCUCCAGACUCUUCCCACGGGAAGAAGACACGAGAGAGCGAGCGCAAUCAUCGGACCACUGAGGCUGAAACCAAGCCUCUGGAAGAGCCAAAACAUGAGACCAAAAAGCUCAAGAAUCUUUCAGAGUAUGCCCAGACACUGCAGCUGGGUUGGAAUGGGCUUCUAGUGUUGAAAAACAGCUGCUUCCCGACAUCUAUGCACAUCCUAGAGGGGGACCAGGGGGUUAUCAGCGGUCUCCUCAAAGACCACACUUCUGGGAGUAAGCUGACCCAGCUGAAGAUUGCCCAGCGCCUUCGACUGGACCAGCCCAAGCUCGAUGAGGUCACACGACGCAUCAAGCAGGGGAGCCCCAAUGGCUACGCAGUGCUCCUAGCCACCCAGGCGACCCCCAGUGGGCCUGGCACUGAGGGGAUGCCCACAGUGGAGCCAGGCCUACAGAGGCGGCUUCUCAGGAACCUGGUCUCCUACUUGAAACAGAAGCAGGCUGCAGGGGUGAUCAGCCUGCCAGUAGGUGGGUCCAAAGGCAGAGACAGCACAGGCAUGCUCUAUGCCUUCCCGCCUUGCGACUUUUCACAGCAGUACCUCCAGUCAGCACUGAGGACAUUGGGCAAGCUAGAAGAAGAACACAUGGUGAUAGUUAUAGUAAGAGACACAGCCUAGCCCAAACCUGUCUUUUCCACUCAUUUGUGUCACAAAAGCAGUUAUUUUAAAAUCUGAUCCCCCUCCCUUUUUCCCAUCUUACCCCUUGGUUUGAAUUCUCUGCUGGGUUAUUUCAGUUGGUUUGGUAGGGGACCAAAGUCCUGUCCUCCGCCAGAACUAAGUUCUUAGGUUUGGGGGUUUUUUCCUUUUUUUACAGUGAUGAGAAGGGACUCCUGUCAUGUUGGUUUCUAGUGUAUGAAAUACUGUCUGCUGUGUUCUGUAUUAUUUUUUGACUAACUGUAUGGAAAGUUGUCAGUAAAUACUUUGUCAGAGGAUGGAUUUUUAAUUCUGCUCAGAAUCCUGGUUUAAUCACAGGGUUUUGUUUUGUUUUGUUUUGUUUUUCCCCCCAAAGAAUGGAAAACUUCCCUGCUCCAUGCACACAAAGGCCCUUCAUCAUCUUUGCACCAAUGGUGUAUCUCAGUCCUCCUGCAUUGGUGGCUCUCAGCUCCUCAGCUCUUUGGGCGCUGGACUACAUCUGCAUUUGUUUUUUAUCUUGGCUGAGAGCAGAUGGGUUUCAUUUUGUACCCAGUCCAUGCCGACCAGCGCAGAGCUCAUGCACGGGAAGGGUUUGAGUCUGAAGGGUAGCCUGCGGCUGUGGUAGUUUUUAGCUUUUGUUUCCCUGUCCUAAACAAUGUGUGUGUAUCCAUCAGUUUGAGCUGUAGCUACAAAGCACCCAUCUUUAGGCCUUUUUGAAAGCAGGUAGUCUUUAGCAGUUGCGUGGUCUUGUCAUGGGAGGAGCAGUGCAAUAUUAAUGCCAAGGGGUCUUGGGUGCCAUGGAUCUGCGCCACCUCCUUCUCUUGUUCAGCCUCCCUUCUAGCCUUAAUGCAGCAGCCCGGGGAUACCCAAUUGGAGACAGCUGCCUCGGACUCCCAGGCACAUUGGAAGCCACUUGCUGGAAUGGAGAGUAGGCGGCAGCUUUCAUGGGUUAAUUCUUGAACUUUUCCUGGUGUUUGUGAAUUCUGGUUUUUCCUUCAGCUGUUUGGGGCUGAUGUGUCAAUGGACUGGGCUUCUGCGCAGUCACUGGAGCUUUGUGAGAACACUGAAUUGCUGGCCUGAAGAGUUUUUGAGGGAGUCCUGUGGGCUAUAGGAAGAUGCUCUUGUUAACUGUCGUAACUUUGCCAGGUUCAAGGUGGGAACGCAUGCCUUGGCCUCUUGCCCUGAUACUGAGGAGGUGGGGACCCCUGGAAGAUAGGUGCUUCUGUGGGGAAGUGUCACAGUUGCCGAGGUGUUGGGCAGUGCCAGAGCUCAAAGCCAUUCAGGCUGAGCUGGGGAGGAAUGUGGAGGCAUCCUCAAGCUGGGAGGGAGAAAUGGUUUCAGAGAAGUCUCACGUUCUUUGGCCACUUGUCUCUGCUGAGGGUAUGACCAGCAUUGGCCGAUAAAGCCAGCAGUGUCAGGGACCAGAGAGGGAAAUCAGUCACACAACAAUUGUCACAAGAGAACAUAGCUCAAACACCAUUUUCCAGAAUGUUUGUGGCAGUUGAGAUGUUCCAAAAGAUGUUCCAACUUGUUCACAGUCAAGGUUGAAGGAGAGCAGGAGCUCCAGUAAAGGAAAUGAGUCCCAAGUGACCAGGAGCUCUGGGUUCUGUUGGUCCUGCCGUCCUCUCUGGGUCUGGUCCACCACCCUGGCUGGCACGAGGCAGCACGGGUGACAGCUGGGAUGUUUUGAGAGUUUGUAAGGUAGAGGCAGGGCCUCAGUGUGCAUUCAUGGAGGAUAUGUACCUUUCCACAGGACAAUGAAAGAGGUGACUUUUCCAGACCUUAAUAAUUGAAGCAGGAAAAGGAAGGGGCCUGGGAAGUACUCCUUGGGCUUCAGCUGAUGCUCAUGAGAGAACAAGCAUGUUCCUAACAGAACAUUUAACACAGGGAAGUGUUAGAUGUGCUUGUCUGUUUGUACUUGAGCUUUGGUCACCACUGCCAGGUAUCUGAGCAAAGCAGUGCAGGGCACAGGCCGCAGCUGCACCAUUCCAGGCAUUGGCACCACCAGAAGCAGGAGUGGGCCUCAUCUUGUGUAGAGCAGAUGAGGCAGAGGUGAAGGCACACUACCAAAUGUCUGGGUCACUGGCCAGAGCUGCCAAGCUCUGUUUAAGCCCCAAACUUUUCUGGGCUCUUCCUUUAUAGAGUGGGUGCUUGGGCCCCAGAGUACUAUGCCUCCCAGCCUGUCUAGACAGAAACCUGCUGGGUAACCUGGUUGGAGAAGACACUUAAACCCUUGCUUUAUUCACCGUUCUUCAGGGAUAGGUGCUCUCCAGCCCCAGAAUGAAUGACUGUUUUGGCGAAGAACCACACCCCGCUGUCUGACCAUCCUCCUCUUCCCUGGACCCUCUUCUCAACUCCUUUCUUCUGCUCUUAAGACACAGCAGAUUCUGUAACAGUCUCUCAGAACGGCCUUGGCCAGCACCAGCAAGGGUAGGUCGCGUGGUCAAGGCCCUGGCUGGGUGAUGGUGCUGCUGCCCCCGAGAGAGAAUGAUGUGGCUGCAGGCAUCCAGUGCCGCCUCCGGGGGUUCAGGUCCUAGCUGAGAUGUGGCUUAAAGGCAAAAUUUGUCCCACUGGUGGUUUGCUACUGUUCUACAUGUUUCUUCCUCAGUGACUCAGAUUCUGAGCCCUGGCAGAGUAAGAAAGGGCUGAUGUUUCCGUAACCUCUUCGGGCACUUCCCUAAGGGUGUGUUGUCAAGUCAACCAGGAUUCUGCUUCCUAUUAGAGGUCCCCAUCUCCACCUGAGAGACCUGCAGUGCUCCCAGGAGCAGCUGGCAGAGUUCAGGGAGACAGUGGCUUGCUUGAGUUAAUAAUUAGAAUACAAUGCUUUUAGUACUGCUUGACUUUAACCUGUUUUCUUCUAGUGUAUCAGCAGUCAGAUAUUCCACGGGUUAGGUGUUAGCAACGUGUUUAAGCUGAGGCAUGAAGCAAUGUAAGAGCUGAGACCUCUGCUCUCUAGAGGACCAAGAGGUGCCUGUGUGACACGGGCCUACUUCAUGUGUGUGAUGACCUGUAUGGUGCUCCGAAGCCCAGCAGGGCUUUACCGGCCCCUGGUGAGUUUUAGCUGUCUUGUCUUGCUUGUUUACUUCACAUUUGUCCACUUUUCUCAGUAAAGGGGGAAAAGUCUCUUAAGCUAUAAAUAACUCUAGGAUAGAAACCCUGUGAACCCAAAGGAAGAGAGAGCCUAGGGGUCUCCUAGAAGGGGGCGGAGUGGGGCGGGGUGAGUGAAAAGGUAAGAGCACCCGGUACUUUUCCUGUUGGUAGCACAGUUUAAUCACAGGCCAGUUUUAGAGGCCUGUGAAAGACCUGCAAACCCAGCCUGACCAAGCUCCAGAUGCCCCUAAACCACCAAAACUGAAGAACUGCCUGGGUCUACUGUUGUACUCCCUUAAAAAAGGUCACGAGAGUCACCCAACUAUGGGGAUGGCCAAAAUGCUUUCACUCCUUAGCUUUGCCAGCUCACUACUCCAAAACGUCCCAGGACCCCUAACUCUCCAGCUCCACCAAAUCUCUACUCUGGAGCUGCCUUCUUGCUUCAGAACCUAGGAAAGAGAGGUGUGGCCAGUGGACAGUGCCCUGAGUGACCCCUCCGCCCCCUGCCCAGUCCUCUGGGGGCAGGAGGCAGUCCAGGGCUGGACGCUGUGCCUAAGCUGCUUUUCGCCUCAGAGUGCUUUAUUUGGGCAGACGGUGUUCUUCUCCCAUCCUGGACUGCCUCUCUUGGAAGGCGUCUUCUUUGUUGCCUGGCUAGAGCUGAAAGGAAAGGGACAGACCCUACUUUGGUAAAAAAAAAAAGAACAGGGAAAGGCCAUAAACAAACGAAGACAGACUUGUAGUUUAUUUUGUAUUUUUUUUAAAUAAAUACACUUUACAUUAAAGAAAAAG